GCCAUGUUUUCCAAACUUGCUAUACUUGUGUCUCUUCUUCUGACUAGUGGCUUUGGAGCCACCGAUGAUAAUUUUGCUUUUAUCAACAAUGGAUUCCAAUCAGCUAAGCCAAUACUCGAUGUCGAUGGUAUAGCCAACUUCACCGCCAAUGGUCUUUUGCAGCUUACCAACGAAACCCCUGUAGAAAAGGGUCACGCCUUCUACUCUCAUCCGAUUUCCUUCAAGAACUAAUCAAAUGGCACCGCUUUCUCUUUCUCUACCACUUUUGUUUUCGCUAUCCACCCUAGAAUUGAGGGUCAUAGCGGCCAUGGUUUGGCUUUCGUCAUUGCACCAACAAUUGGUCUCCCACAUGCUUUUCCGAGUCAGCACCUCGGCCUUUUUAACGAGAGCAACAACGGAGAAACCAGCAAUCAUGUGUUCGCUGUAGAACUCGAUUCGAUUGAGAAUAAGGAGUUUAAUGAUAUCAAUGAUAACCAUGUAGGAAUUGAUAUUAAUGGAUUGAAGUCUGAAAUAUCAAAUUCAGCAGGUUAUCAUGACAAUGAAACUGGUCUUUUUACGAACUUGUUGCUUGCUGGUGGUCAAAGAAUGCAGGUUUGGGUGGAAUAUAAUGGUGAGAAGCAAAUUAAUGUUACUUUAGCUCCAUUCAACAGUGGUAAGCCCAGUAAUCCACUUCUUAAUUUGUCGAUUGAUCUUUCACCAAUUUUUAACAAAAUCAUGUUUGGCUUCUCAUCGUCCACUGGUUCGUUGUUAGUAUCUCAUUAUGUUUUGGGUUGGAGUUUUAAAAUGAAUGGACAAGCAGAGAAACUUGCACUCUCUCAGCUUCCCCGAAUUGGUCCCAAACUGAAAUUAAAGUUUAUGACAAUUGGGCUCCCUGUAAUUUUUGUAAGCUUGACUUUAGCUGCAGUGUCAGGUGUGGUUUAUGUGAUAAGAAGGAACAGAAAGUUCGCUGAAGUGCUUGAAGAUUGGGAGCUUGAAUAUGGGCCUCAUAGAUUCAAAUACAAAGAUCUUUAUUUCGCCACCAAAGGAUUUACAGAAACAGAGCUAUUAGGUAGUGGUGGAUUUGGCAGGGUGUACAGAGGUGUACUACCCAACUGUAAACUAGAAAUUGCCGUGAAGAGAGUCUCUCAUGAAUCAAGACAAGGAAUGAGAGAAUUUGUGGCUGAAAUUGUUAGUAUUGGUCACAUGCGUCGCCGGAAUUUAGUACCACUCUUGGGUUAUUGCCGGCGUAAAGGAGAGCUGCUUUUGGUGUAUGACUACAUGCCUAAUGGAAGCCUGGACAAGUACAUCUAUGACCAAACAAAUGUCACACUGAAUUGGAGACAACGAUUUAGUGUCAUCAAGGGGGUAGCUUUAGGCUUAUUGUAUCUACAUGAAGAAUGGGAACUAGUUGUCAUUCACAAAGAUGUGAAGGCCAGUAACGUUUUGCUUGAUGGUGAAUUCAAUGGAAGACUAGGUGAUUUUGGCCUUUCAAGAUUAUAUGAUCACGGUAGUGAUCCACAAACAACUCGUGUAGUUGGAACUUUUGGAUAUCUUGCCCCAGAGUACACUCGUACUGGGAAGGCCAGAAAAAGCAGUGACGUGUUCGCUUUUGGUGCCUUUUUGCUUGAAGUUGCCUGUGGGAGAAGGCCAACUGAAUCACGAGCGGCAACAGAAGAUUGCAUGAUUUUGGUUGAUUGGGUAUUUGGUUUCUGGAGUAGAGGUGAAAUUCUCGAGGCAAGAGAUGUUAAAUCGGUUUCUGGAGUAGAGUUAUCACUAUCAGCCCUUGGAAUUUCAGCUAGUGGCCUAAAUUUUGAUCAUUGGGAAGGUUUUGAUGGUCUUGCGGUCUCAUAUCCAUCUUCUAUGGGCUUAACAGUGUCGACUUCUGUUACAGAUCCAAUACUUUCAGGUGGCAUAUGAUCCUUUUUUAACUAACCCAAUUUGGCCAUAUACUGCAUUCUAGUUUGAUACUUAGUUUUAUUCCUUAUUUCCUGCAUAUCCUUAAUUUUAUUAUUUAAUUAAUUUGACACAUGUGAAUUUGUUAUUAGUUUGUGACAGUAUAUCCUAGAUUUUAUCUUUCAAAACAUUACUACUCUAAUUGACUGUGGCAUCGUCCACGCAAGCAAAUUUUUUCACAUAAAAAAAAAAAAAAAGGCGGAGUGGCGAAGUUACAGCGUUUCCAGCCACUGUUGACAAAGCGUGAGAUCUGCAAUUACGCGCUUCAAAAACAGAAGAGAAGUUCAAGUCCAACAGAAGCUUGAUUGGUCUGGGCAACUGAUGGGAGAGCGUGAGAUGGAUUUUGUUUAGGGUUCGUGAUUGACUGGGGAAGAAUAAAAAACUGGACAAAGUUUGGUUGGUGCUUAACAGUUAAUGGAGAGAGUUAAUUUUUUUUUUUCUUUUUGAUUGUGUGGUCUACCUAUUUCCAGUCUGAUUUUAUGUUAUUUUUUUAGUUAUGUAGCCCAACGCAAUCAAAUCGCCGGUGUAAAAUAAUACAGUUUUUACGCUUUCAAAUAAGCUGGUGUACAAAAGAAUGAAAUUUCGA